AUGAACAUGAUCAUUUUCUUUAAAUACAUUUUUCUAGUAUUUAUUUAUUUCUUUGUACAAAAUAAACCAAAUAAUAAAUCGAAUAUAUAUGCGUUAAAUUGUAAUACAAAUAAAACAAGCCGAACAUUUUCCAUAUACUUUCCAGACUAUUCUAUAAAAAAAUGUCACCAUAAAAAUACGGAAAAGAGAGGAAACCGUUUCCCAAAUUUGCAUAAAUUAUGCAACUUAAGUGUAAUAAAUAAAAAGGCACAAAAUGGGACAAAUCUUUCACUGCACAGGUCGUUAAAUAAGAAUGGAGGUCAGACACAAAACGAGAACAAAAAUGAAAACAUAAAAGAGACCAAACAAGAGAGCGGAGAAGAGAAUGAAGUAAACGAAAUUGGAAUGAACGUUUUGGAGAAAGAAAAAAAAUACAGUAGGCAAAUAUACACACAUGGAUAUAAUGAAGAAAAAAAAAUAAGAAAAAGCAAAAUAUUGAUUAUUGGGAUGAAUGGAGUAAGUAGUGAAAUAUGUAAAAAUUUAAUUAUCUGUGGGGUGAAUGAAAUAGGUAUAUAUGAUAAUGAUAUUUUAACUUAUGAAGAUAUAGACAAUCUUUUUUUUUGCGAUAAUAAUUUAAUAAAUAAAGAAAAAAAAAGUUUAGCAUGCUUACAAAAUUUGAAAAAAUUAAAUAAUAAUUGUAAAAUAAAAGCUAUUACAAAUAAUUUGUUUGAAAAUUUAAAUGAUUUGAAUAUCUAUGACGUAGUUGUAUCAGUAAACCAAAAAGAGCAAUUUAACAUAAAAUUAAAUAAUAUAUGUAGACUGAAAAAAAAAAAAUUUAUUGCUGUUAAUACAGUUGGAAUAUUUGGAAGAAUGUUUGUAGAUUUUGGUGAUUUUAUUUUUUCAAAUGCUGCUAAUAAUGAAAAGUAUGUAAUAAAUAAAAUUGAAUUUAAAGACGAAGAUAUUAUUAUGCAUUAUUUGUCUAAUUAUGAAAACAUUCAUCUUAGUGAAAAUGAUAUGAUAGAUUUGUGUGCAACGGGAUUAAAUAAAACAUUGAAUAUACAAUGUAAAAUAAAAAAUAUUUCCAAAAAAGAAAAUAAAAUCACAGUAUCAGUUUGUAACGGUUUUAAUAAAUAUAUACAAAUUCUGAAUUGGAUAUUUAAUAAUAAUUUUAUGGAAAUACUUUCAAAAAUAUUAACAUACUUGAAUAUUUAUUUUUUGUAUAAUAUAAGGAAACAAAUUGAAAAAAAAAAAGUGGAUAAUAUAAAAAAAAAAUAUAAUAAAUAUAAAAUAAAUAAUAAUGUAAGUAUUCGAAAAAUGCAUGAACAAGUCAGAUUAAAUUAUGUUACUUUAGAAGACCAUUUAAAUAAAAUUAAAAAAAUAAUAAAAAAAAAUAAUAUAAUUCUUAUUAAUUUGUUCUACAAAUUGUUAAAUUUACUUUUAAAUAAUAAAAAAGGAAAUGCAAACGAUUUAACAGAUGAAGAAGUGUGCUUUUUAUGUUAUGAUGAGAUAGUAAGAGAUAAAAAAGGAUAUGUUGGCAUUCGGUGUAAUUUAACUUCGGAUGAUUUUGAAAGGUUUAAAACUUUAUGUCUAAAGAAAAAAAAAAAUAUGAAUGUUCAGGUAAUUAAUGACUUUUUAUCAACAGCUCAUAUUGAGCUACCACCAUUUUCUAUGUUUUGGGGAUCUUUAGUAACUCAACAAAUAUUAAAAGGAGUUAUGCAUAAAUUUAAACCAAUAUAUCAAACAUUUCAUUUUGAUAAAAGAAGUUUAAUUCCGUUUUCAAAUAUUUCAAAAAAAUAUUAUGGAAAAUAUAUGCACCAGCUAAAUUUUUUUGGAAAAAAAUAUCAAAAUUUUCUGAACAAUUUGAAUAUUUUGCUUGUCGGGUCAGGUGCUUUAGGUUGUGAAUUUUUAAAGUUGCUAGCUUUAAUGGGUAUUUCUUGUUCUCAAAAAAAAAGUAAUACUAAUGAAACAAAGGAAAAUAAAAAUAUGAUAAAAAAAUGUAACAAGCCAGGUUUUAUUCGAAUAGUUGAUUAUGACAUUAUUGAAGAGUCAAAUUUGUCUAGACAAUUUUUAUUUACAGCUAGCGAUAUAGGAAAAUCAAAAUGUCAAGUAGCUGCAGAAAAUAUAAAAAAAAUAAAUGAAGAUAUAAAUUGUUUCCCUUUAAAAAUGAAGAUAGACGAGUCAAUUUUGGAUACUAAAAAUUUUUAUUUCAAAAAUAGCGAAGAACUGAAUAAAAUAUUUUAUGACUGUUCAGGCAAAAAAAAUCCUAUGAUUUGCAUUCUAUGUUUGGAUAAUUUAAAAACAAGAUAUAUAUGUGAUGAGUUUUGUUUAAUAAAUGCAUUUCCAAUAAUUGAAGCUGGAAUUGAAGGGAUGAAGGGUAGUAGCCAAAUAGUUAUACCAUUUUGUAGUGAAACAUAUUCUAAUAAUUAUUAUGAUAUAAAUAUGGAUAAUGAGAAUAAUACAAAUUCAUGUACAAUCACAUCAUUUCCUAGAAAUCAUAAACAUGUUAUAGAAUUUAGUAAAGGUGUAUAUAAUAAUUACUUUUUCGAUAAUGUUUUAAAAAUAAACAAUUUUUUAAAUAAUCCGAUAUAUUAUAUUGGUGAGUUGUGCAAUUAUGAUAAUAUAAAUAAUUUAUUACACUUUUUUAAAUUGACAAAAAUAUUUUUUAAUAAUAAUUUAGAUAAAAAUGUGGAAAAUUUAUGGAAUAAUAUUUUUGUAAAUAAUAUUAAUCAUUUGUUAAGUUCUAAAGAUGAGGAAAUAAUUAAAUAUUUUGAAAGUCUUGAAAAAUUACCUCAACCUAUUUAUUUUGAUAAAAAAAAUAAAGACCAUUUAUUAUUUUAUAAUUCUGCAAUUACUGCUUUCAAAAAAGUGCUCAAACGGUAUCUUAAAAUAUACCCCCAAAUGAUAAAUACCGUCUUUUAUUAUGAAACAGGAAAAGAUAAUAAAAUAGACAACGUAAAUACUAAGGUCCCAUUUGAAACUGCUUUAAAAACAAUUGCCGAAAAAAAUAAUAUUGACAUAGAUUUAAAUAAAUUGUUUUACUUUUUGACGGUGAUAAAAAAAAAUACGAAUUUUGAAAUUUAUACAAGUAUAAAAAAUGAGCUAUAUGAUUUGUUUAAUAAUCCUGCAUUUAUUAUGUCCUUAAAAUAUGUUCAAGAAAGGAAAAAAAAAAAAGCAAAAAGAAAAAACGAAGAUAUAUCAACUGAAUCUAAUACUACCAAAAAUGAAGAGGAUACUAAUUUUUUUAUUCCACUUACCUACAACCUAGAAGACAAAAAUGAUCUUAAUCUACUUUUCAGUAUAACUAAUAUUCGGAAUACAAACUACAACUUUUCUAAGCUUGAUAUUUUAGAAUUUUUUAAAAUAAGUAACAAUAUUAUUCCAUCCAUAAUUACCGUAGUUUCAAUGAUUUCUUCUUUGGCUGCAUUUGAACUUUACAAAUUAGCUUUUUUUUUAAAAAUGAAAAAAGACAAUAAAAGUAUUCAAAAUUUUCCAGUGAUUAAAAAAAAUAAAGAAAGCAAUGUAAAUAAUUUAAACAAAGAUGAUAUCAAAACAAAUGGAAAAUUGGAAGAGGGAAAAAAAUAUUUUUUUUCUAACUUAUAUUCCUUAUUAAAGGAUAAAAUAAAGAAUUACAAUUUUAACGACAAAAAAUUGAAAGACUCAUAUAUUUACAUUCACAAAGAUAAAGUAUAUGUAAAAAAAGGUGAUAAAAUUUUAUUUUAUUUUUUUGAUAUUAAUUAUGAUGAAUUCAGAAAUAUAUCAAAAUUAAUUAAUAACCAAUAUAUAAAUUUGGAAGACAAUUUUUUAACUUCAUCUCAACUUAAUCAAACUUAUGAAAUGCCUUAUAAUAAUUCAUAUUUAUCCUUAUUAAAAAAUGGAAAAUUUUCAAUAUGGAAUUAUAUUUAUAUAGACUUAUUUUAUAAAGAAAAAAAUUAUUCUAAUGUAGAAGAAAAUCAAAAAUGGACACCACGUGUGUGCGGUUUUCCUCCUCACCUUUUUGAAAGCUAUAAUGAAAUUUUACCUGAACAAGCAAGGAAAAAAAUAGAAUUUUAUUUAAAAAAUAUUAACGUACAUGUAAAACAAAUUCUAGAGAAGAUAAAAAAUUACAAAGAACAAAAAAAUAAUGAUAAUAAAAAUGGUUUAAAUGAUAAGAUAGAAAAGGGAAACCAAAUUUCCAAUGAAUAUAUAAAUAAGUUGCUAAAUAAUAUAGAAUAUAUUUUAAAUUGUUUAAAAAAAAAAAAAGAAAACAAAGUCAAUACACAUUUAAUUAAUAAUAUAAAUGACGUUAUAAAUUAUUUUAUAUAUUUACAAAAAAAAUUGAGAGCUAUUGAAAUUGGAAUUAAUGUGAUAAAUAGUCCUAAUCAAGGAAAAGAAUUUUAUGCAAAUAUAAAUAAAAAAUAUAUUAACGAAAUAAAUACAAAUUUAAAAAAGGUUUAUCAUUUUAUAGAAAAAAUAAAAGAAGAUUUACCACCAUUUUUUAAUGUUAAUGAAAAUAAAAAUGACAUUACUUUAGACGAUCUUAUUAUGCAUAUUGAAUUUAUAUUUAAUGUAACUAUACAAACAAUUGGAGUAAAAGAUAAAGUUAUUUAUUCUAAUUCAAAAAUGGCAAAUAUAGGUUACUCUCGUAAUAAUAAUUUAUAUGAUGUUAUACAAAAAUUAUUUAAAACAACAGAAGAUAAGCAAACAUAUAUUUUAGACAUUUUUGCAAUUGAUAAUGUUAGUAAAAGUGAGAUUGUUCUUCCAAGUGUGCAAGUAAAUAUGUAUAAACUUGCCUACGAAAAGAAACAUAAGUAG